UCCCACUUCCUCGAUCUUCUCCUCUUCCUUCUUCUUCUUCUUCCUCUCUGAUCUUCUCAGAACUCUAUCCAUUGGGCUGAGCUGAGCUGAGCCAGAAAUCAUCAUUCUACUCAGAACCCUCACCUCAACUCUCUCUCUCAUCUCCCCUAGCUAGCUAGCCAGUCUUUGCUUAGCUUCCACAGAUCAGAUCAGAACAGUGUCGUCAUGGAUACAGAUGAAUCAUGCACUGUUCCUCCUGGGUUUCGAUUCCAUCCCACGGAUGAAGAGCUUGUCGGAUACUAUCUUAGGAAGAAAGUUGCGUCGCAGAAGAUUGAUCUUGAUGUGAUUAGAGACAUUGAUCUCUACAGAAUCGAACCUUGGGAUCUUCAAGAUAAAUGCCGGAUCGGGUAUGAAGAGCAAAACGAGUGGUACUUCUUCAGUCACAAGGACAAGAAGUAUCCGACCGGGACGAGGACGAACAGGGCGACCAUGGCCGGAUUCUGGAAGGCUACCGGCAGGGACAAGGCGGUGUACGAUAAAGCAAAGCUCAUCGGCAUGAGGAAAACCCUCGUAUUCUACAAAGGCCGGGCUCCAAAUGGUCAGAAAACUGACUGGAUCAUGCAUGAAUACCGCCUUGAAUCUGAAGAAAAUGGCCCUCCACAGGAGGAAGGAUGGGUGGUGUGUAGAGCAUUCAAGAAACGAAUCACCGGACAAGCGAAGAGCAUGGAAAGCUGGGAAUCCAAUUUCUUGUACGAUGAACCCAACAUUAACAACAUGGAUUAUAUGACAAGGCAGGCGGCGGCGGCGGCGGCUCCGAGCAAUUUCAUGGCGGCGCAAACAUUUCUGUGCAAGCAAGAGCUAGAGGCCUCAGAAAACCUCACUUUCAUGCACGCCGAUCAACUCUUCAACCAGCUUCCCCAGCUGCAAAGCCCCUCCCUCCCGCUCCUCAAAACCCCGCUCCUCCCGGAGAACCACCGCAGCAACGCCAGUGAAGACGACGCCUCCGCCGGCGAGCAGAUCAAGAAGAUGAAUUGCGUAAGCGACAAGAAAGUGACGGAUUGGAGGGCGCUGGACAAGUUCGUGGCUUCCCAGUUGAGCCAUGAUGUUAACCAGGAGAGCUUCGAAGAUCAUCAUGGGUGUGACGAGAUGGGAUCGUUGUUGUUAUUGCAGAGCGAGAUGAGGGAUAAUAAUGGCGGCGGUGGUGGUGGUUCCGGCAGGUUGAAUGACUUCUUGAGUUCCGGCAGCUCAGAGUUUGACAAUAUUGGUAUUUGCAUAUUUGAUAAAUAAAUAAUGAAUUGAAGAGUGCAUGCGCGCAUGGGAAAAACAUCGGAGCUGAUCUGAUGAGACUCGUACUAAAAUUCGAUCUACCACGUACUAUGAUUUUAUGUUCAAGAUUA